AUGAAGAUGGUCGUCUACUGCCUACACACAGACUUUGUCUGCUACCGGGGCCUGCUGACGCGACUGGCAUGCACGGCAUAUGAGGCACGUGAGGACUGGCUUCUGGCAGCGUGCCGUUUUCGAGGCAGCAUCUACCUGUGUGCCUUCGAGACAGAAUCAGAGCGCAAGCGGCGACUCGAGGAUGCAGCUGACCCCCGCCGUGACCGUAUGUCAUUCUGGGGCUACAAGUUCGAGCAGUACAUGGUCAGUGCGGAGCCCGAGGGUGUGCCCGAUGUGGACGCGGUGGUGAACGAAUGCGAGGAGUACUGCAUAGUGGUGCGAAGCCGGCUCGAGUCGCAUUCCCUCGUCUUCGGCGCUGAGGUGGAUGGCGUCGACCCUAGGGUGCACAGACAUGGUCGGCAGUCACAGCCAGGCUCUACGGGGAGCUAUGUCGAGCUCAAGACCUCACGAGAUUGCCUCUCCGAGCAGCAGUACCGAAACUUCUGCCGGUUCAAGCUGCUCAAGUGGUGGGCGCAGUCCUUCCUGGUGGGGAUCCCACGAGUGUUGUGUGGCUUCCGUGACGACAAUGGUCUAGUAGGCACCCUCGAGGAACUCGACGUCCGUGAGAUGACCCACAGAGCCAAGGGCGUCUGGUCUGGUGCAGUGUGCAUGAACUUCUGCAACCAGCUGCUGUCCUUCAUCAAGAAGCACGCCACACAGGACGACCCAGAGGUGGUUUACCUCUUCCAGUACCUGCCCUCGUCUCGUGAGAUUGUCUGCACACAUCUCGCGGAUCCCGGGGAGUUUGCUGUACUGCCCGACUGGUACCUGCAGGCAUUUGAUGCCACAUGAUGUGCGUCUGCACCUUUCACGUGCUUGUUAUGACUGACGAGUUCCCGAACUGGGCAUUAUGCCAUGUGUGAUGUCUUGUCGAAGUGUGCGUCUGUACAGAGCUCUCGCUGGUCUUCCCAGAGGGUUGAACGUUCAAGCUGCUCGAGGCAGGUGCAGGUGGUGAGUGCGAUGUUGCCAGCUCUAGUUUUAAAAUAGGCUGGCUGAGUUGGAGGCUGUCUGUAGAAUCCAGACGGUGCGACAGACGAUAGAAAGCAGAAGACUGUUAACUCACAGCACUUCAAUACUGGAAUGUAGGCAUACAUGCUGAAAUUCGCACGAGGAGGGCCAGCCAUACGUGAAGCUAAACUAUUGGCUGAUUCCUGCUCAAAUUUUGCACAUGCAUAGAAUUUUGCGGUAUAUUAAGUUUAAUACAGUAAAAGCUCGAUGAUACGAAUCUCACGGGGUCACGAAAAAUAUUCGUAUUA